AUGUUCUUCAUACCAGCAAUCGUUGUGCUAGUGGCGCUUUUCUGGUUCUGGGCCCGAGUGACCCGCAGCUCCGUGAAGGAUAUUGGUGGACCCAGAAGCUAUCCGCUCAUCGGCUGUUCGCAUCUGUUCAUGGGCUCCGAGGAGCGUACGUUCAGUGUGGUGUGUGAGCUGUACCGGAAGUACGACAAAAUGUUCCGCCUUACGCUCGGACCGAAGACGAUCCUGUGCCUCUCGGACCCAGACAUCAUCCAGCAGGCUCUUACAUCAGUCUCGAGCCAGAACAAAGCUUUCUUCUAUCGGUUCCUGGAGAUGGACUAUGGCCUCGUGUCUUCGCGCUGUACGUAUUCGGAC